AAGGCCUCGACUCAGGACCCUGCGAGCCUGUAACCAUUCCGUCAAACCAGGCCGCAUCUGGGCUCAUCACAUACAACUCGUCGGCAUCGAGGUUCAACUUCAGAUAGCUUCCACACUCGCACGAACCAACCAUUCCUCCUCUCCAGCUGCUGUCACUUUGCGCCUGCGUGUCGCACCGGGCGUUACAGUACAUCGACUGCUUUCUAUUGCAUGCGCCGACCAAACAAAAACGUGCUGCUUUGUCCAUCAGUUCCACCAUCAUCCGGUGCCUGGCCCAGCAUCGAGGUUCUCUGAGAUGGACCUGGACAACGACCCUCGCCGACAUAAUAUCUGAAAGAGUUGACGAAGACACCAUUGAAAACUUGUGCUGGUCGCCAUAAUUGUCGGACAGUGGAUGCGCACAGCCAUGGACAUCAAUUCACUGUUGUCUCCUUCAGAAACGCCGCGCUCGACCUCUUUGACUCCGACCUCCACUUCCGAGUCUGUAAAAUCACCUUUCAAGCAUGUUCAACGAACCCAUUCUGCCACCGGCAGCCAGCCUGCUGCAAACUCUCCAUUGUCGCGCUCCAUUCUGCCUCCUUCAAGCAUCCCAGCCCAUGUGAGGAGUCCAUCGCAGCAGCCAUCACACUCUUCACCACUCAUCAGUCCUGUGCCUUCCGGUCCCCUCUCAGGUCAUUUCUCCCGGUCCUCGUCGUCUCAGAACAUCGAGUCCCUGGCCGAGCUGGCUGCGCACCAGCAACCCUCCAGACCCACACCUCCGAUCCUCUCCAGUAGCGGCUCUUCAGAGAGCCAGAAAUCAUCUACCGGCAUGUUUCCUCGCCUGGCAUCCACAGGUGCGACAUCGAACCCUCGCGCAUCCUUUGAUAUCGCAAUGGUUGAGACACCUAAACAGGUCUUGCGUGCCGACUAUACCGAGACCUCGCUUCCAACGGAAUCGCAAGUGAGACUUACAGAAUUGGUGGCGUAUGUUCAAGAGAUGCCGUCCUUGUACGAAGUCCACAGAGAGAUCAUCAAAAUUUUGCACCAAGGGUUUGUUGACCACAUCUAUCCUUCUUCCAGUCCGAACGCGCGUCGAGAUCCACGAACGUAUGAGCUCCUUUCCGAACUCCGGCAGGCACGGGAAAAUUUCGACAAACUGUUUGCGGUCGGCGAAGAACAGUGGUUGGACUGGCUUCAAGACGAAAGCAUUCUUGCACAGACUGCCGAAGAGAGGGUAAACGUCGUUGACAAGUGCCGUCGAGCGGUUGAGGAAGAAUGUGGCAGCGCACGUCUAUGGAUUACAUACGGGGAUUGGGUUUUACAUUGCUAUAAAUGGGCACUUGAUCCUGCCACUGACCUGGAAGGCGAAAACGGAGAAGCAGAGCGGCUGGUGGGACGUGAAGUCUUCGACUGGAAGCUCGUCCUCGAUACUUGGGCAGAAGCUGUUCAAAACACAAAGCACGAUCUGGCUCAAAGCCAUGAGGUCUGGGACAAGUACAUGACUGUGAGGUUCGGCGAUGUCGGUCAGAAGUUAUCCUCAGCUGAUGCCGCGGCCGCCCUUGAACUCUUUCAAGCACGACUUCAUGUUCCCCACGCCAUGUGGGAGGGAACAUUUCAAGCGUUUUCCACAUUCAUCUCUGCCAACUUCCCUGCAGAGUACGAAAACAUCAUGUCUACGACACUCAAAGAUUCUGCCAGCGCCAAGCAGCUACUCGGUGAGCGAGAUGCCUAUGAAAGCGCUUUGCGACAAGCUCAGGCGAGCGGAGACCAGACCUCGGAAUAUGCGACUUUCGAUCAGUACAUCACGUUCGAACGUAACCAGGAGGAACUGGCCAAAAAGGGCCGUAAUGCAAAGGGGAAACGCAACAUGAAAGUACUACAGGAUGCCGAAUCGGACAUGGUGGCAGCUCUUUACUCCCGCGCCGAACUCCGCUUCCCGUCGGUCGUUCCUAUAUGGGAAGCCCACUUGGACUAUUUGGUGGAAAAGUCGAAGGUUGGUAUACUACCACUUCUAGCACGAGCCACGAAACACUGCCCAUGGUCGGGAUCCUUGUGGAAGCAAUAUCUCCUAGCCUCAGAAAUCGCAGAAGAUGAAUUUGAUGAAACGGAAAAGAUCAAACACAAAGCUACAAGCACUGGCCUUCUGGAUGCUGCCGGAGUCGAACAAGCCCUGAUCAUCUACGACGCAUGGUGCGGUUAUCUUCUGCGACGAACUAAAAGAGCAGACUCCACCGAGGAAGACGCAGAUGUUGCAGAAAUGGGCAUCAGAUCAUCCAUCGAGGCCGUGCACAGUCUUGCCUCGAAGCAAGGCUUCGGUCCCGAUUUCGACGCAUCCUUCAGCCUGCAGCGGAAAUACGUGGAGUAUCUCAAGUCCCAGGGACGGUUCGACAAUGCUCGUGCCCAAUUCGACGAUGCUGUUGCCGACUUUGGAAAACAUCACAAAUUUUGGUUGAGGUUCUACGAGUUCGAACUACAAAAGGGCGUGCAAAUGGCCUUCAUACAGCAGGGCGGCAACGAGCGUCUCCCCACGCUAUGGUCGGCGCCAUUUGCGGUUGGGGUUCUAAAGCAGGGUUUGCAAUAUCCGGGUCUCGACAAACCGGAGCCUCUUGUGGAAGCUUUGCUCAACCACUGCGAAGACUAUGAAGAUGCCGACGAGCUGCAAAAUGCUCUAAGCCUGGUGCGCAAGGUUCAGACGAAAUUAAACGAAAAGAGGCGAGAAGAAGCUCUCCAAGCAGAGGGCAUUGUGCGAGACUCGCAAAAAGCCGAAGAACAAGUCGCCAGCCGCACUGAAGAGGUCGCAAACGGCCUGCAUAUCGGCAAACGAAAGCGUGAGGAUGACCUCCAAGAGCCAGACAGUAAGAAGCGGAACACGAAUGCAGUUGAAAUGCAACAAUCGGUUGAAGAAUCAGCCCCUCGAGAGGAAGAGCUGAAGCGCGACCGCGAGCAUGCCAGCAUUCUUGUGCAAAAUCUGCCUACUAAUGUGCCAGAGACAAAAGUCCGACAAUUUUUCAGCAGCUGUGGGCUUGUCAAGCAUGUAAAGCACCUUGAAGAUGAAAACACCGCCGUCGUUGAGUUUGAAGACGCGGAUGCUGCGUCAUUUGCGCUUUCCAGAGAUGGCAGAGAGUUCGAAGGUUCUGAGAUCUCCGUCGUCCUCAAUACAGGGUCGACCUUGUACGUCACAAAUUAUCCUGCGGCUGCCGACGAAGCCUUCAUCCGAAAUCUUCUGCGCCCGUAUGGAGAAAUCAUCAACGUGCGCUUCCCAUCUCUCCAGAAAAACAAGAGGCGCCGAUUUUGUUACGUCGAGUUUAAGCUUCCGAGCGAAGCGCAAGCGGCGACCGAGCUCGACAACAAGGAAAUCGAUGGGUUGAAAAUUGUUGCAAAGAUUUCGAACCCUAGCGUUCGACAUGCAAGGACAGAGAAAAAGGACGACGGUCGGAAGGUUUUCGUUGGUCAGCUGCCGUUCAAAGCCACGGCGGACGAUGUUGAAAAGCUGUUCGCGAAGUAUGGGAAACUGGAGAAUAUCCGUGUGCCGAAGGAUGCCAAUGCACGAAAUCGCAUUCGUGGCGUGGCUUUCCUUACAUUCGAGGAUUCUGAACAAGCGCAAGCGGCAUUGGCCAUGAAUGAUCAGGAAUUCAUGGGCAGGAAAAUCACCGUGCAACGGACGGAAGAAAGUGGUCGAACAACGAAAAAUGGACCGCGCGUCUCGAAGUCGCCUUCAGUGCAGGUAGAUGGCGAAACGAGUGCGAAUUCAUCCGACCCUUCAUCCGUUGAAGACCGACGACAGCGAACUGUGGCCAUCUGUGAUGUCCCUGACACCGUCAAUGAAAGUCGAAUACAAGCAAUGGCGGAGAAAGCUGGGCCAGUACGCAAAGUCAUCCUCAAGACAAACCACCAGGGUGCUCUGAUCGAAUUCGAGACAGUGGCAGAUGCUGGCCGUGCAAUGAUUGAGCUUGAUGGUCACGAGAUUGAUCCAGGCCGGCGCAUACGGGUGACAACAGAAAAGGAAAUGCUUCAGCAGAAAGCCGAACGCAAGCAGGAGCAGUUUGCGAAACGUCCUACUCUAAACCGGCCCCCAAAUACUUCUGCACAAGGUCCAGUCCGCCGCCCCUUGCAGCCUGGUGCUCGAAAAGGUGGACAUCUCGGCCAGAGGUCCGCUUUUCUGAUGCAUCCAGAUCAGAAGAAGGGAACCGUUGCAGAUGUCCAGACGGCCAGUGGAAAGAAGACAAACGAGGACUUUCGGAACCUGGUCAAAAAGGGAUGAAGAUCGAGGCAAGCAAUGCGUGUUCCGGUAAUAUCCAUUCUGGCAUUUUUAUAGAUGGAUGAAGAACGCAGGUUCUAUGCUGAUGAUUAGAGAUCGGUGUGCUUUAGCUUACAUUUCUGAGUGGGCAAUCUCAUGCCACUUGGGUUGCAUUAUAAAGCAUUCAAGGCCACUUCGUCACAUGCGAGAACAGGUGAUAAGUCGAAGGAAGUGAUAAUUAAUCAUGGUCUGCGCAUCCUAAGUAC